AUGCAGCCUGCUCAGGCGGGGGUGUCCUUCGAAGAGGUGGCCGUGGAUUUCACCCCGGGGGAGUGGAGCCUGCUGAGACCUCUGAUCGCUAAACCUGACCUCAUAUCCCGGCUGGAAGAAGAGGAGGAGGAAGGGCUGUUUCUCUUGAGCUGCGAUGAAGAGGAAGGAUUGGCAGCAAGAGAUGUCUGGCAGUCAGAGGAUGAAGCAGGAGAACACCGGUUGACGGAAAAAGAGGAUACAGAUUCAGUUAUGAAAGGGAAGUUUGAAUAUUUGGAUAAAAUUCCCACAGGGGAGAAACCACACAAAUGCCUGGAGUGUGGGAAAUGUUUCAAGAACAGCACAGAACUUACUUGCCAUCAAAGAAUCCACACAGGGGAGAAACCAUAUAAAUGCCUGGUGUGUGGGAAAAGCUUCAGGUGCAGUUCACACCUUUAUAUUCAUCAGAAGAUUCACACAGGGGAGAUACUAUUUAAAUGUCAGGAGUGUGGGGAAAGCUUCAAUCACAGUGGAACAUUUACUGCUCAUCGGAGAAUUCACACAGGGGAGAAACCAUACAGAUGCAUAGAGUGUGGAAAAAGCUUCAGUCACAGUUCACACCUUAGUGUCCAUCAGAGAAUUCACACAGAAGAGAAACCAUAUAAAUGCCUGGACUGUGGGAAAAGCUUCAAGAGCAUUUCAUGCCUUAGUGUCCAUCAGAAAAUGCACACGGAGAAACCAUAUGAAUGUCCAGUGUGUUGGAAAAGCUUUAGUCACAGUUUUAGUCUUACUGUCCAUCAGAGAAUUCACAGAGAGGCGAAAACAUAUAAAUGCCAGGUGUGUGGAAAAAGCUUCAGGCAGAGUUCACACUUGUUUUGUCAUCAGAAAAUUCACACAGGGGAGAAACCAUAUAAAUGCCUGGAAUGUGAGAAAAGCUUCAAGAGUAGUACAGAACUUACUUCCCACCGAAGAACUCACACAGGGGAGAAACCAUACAAAUGCUUGGAGUGUGGGGAAAGCUUCAGUCACUUUGUAUCCCUUAUUGCUCAUCAAAGACUUCACACACGGUAGAAACCAUAUAAAUGUUUGGAGUGAGGGAAGAGCUUCACUGAGAGUGGAAAGCUUACUUCUCAUCAAAGAACUCACAUGGGAGAACCAUAUAAAUGCCUAGAGUAUGGGAAAAGCUUCAGUCAGAAUUCCACUCUUAAUUCCCAUCAAAGACUUCACACGGGAGAAACUAUACAAAUGUCUGGAGUGUGGAAAAAGUUUCAAGAUGAGUACAGAUCUUUCUUUUCAUCAAAGAAUUCAUACAGGGGAGAAACCAGAUGAAUGCCUUGAGCGUGGGAAAAGCUUCAGUCAGAGUUCACACCUUCGUGCCCAUCAGAAAACUCACAUGGGAAAAACCAUAUCAAUGCCUGCACUGUAGGAAAAACCUAAUACAGAUAAUAAAAACACCUCUUAAUAAAAAUUACUACAAAGUUAUUUAGGUAGGUAGGUAGAGAUAUAGGUAGAUAGAUAGGUUGGUAGAUGUAGGUGGAUAGGUAGAGAUAGAUUAGGUAGGUAAGUAGAUAUAGAUAGGAUAGAUAGUAGGUAGGUAGAUAGCUAGAUAGAUAUAUAGAUAGAUAUAGAUAGGUAUGUGGAUAGGUAGAGAGAGAUAGACAGAGGUGGGUCACUAUAUGAUAUGCAAUAUGAAAUAAACUAUAGUUUGGGCAUGAAGCAAGACAAAAAAAA